UAUUUUUGAAGAAACUCAUAAAGAAAAUACACAAUUGCAAACUGAUCUUUCAAGUUUACAAUUUCAAUAUUUAGAUCAAGAAAAUAUUAAUUUAUCAUCAUUAGAUAAUUUUGAAAUUCUUGAAAUUUCAGAAAGUAAUCUUUUAGAAAAUGAAAUUUGGACUGAAGAAGAAAUUUCUAAAUUUAAAAUAUUAUAUCAAAAAACAAAAGAUAUUUUAGAAAAUCAAGAUGAUGAUAAUCAAAAAUUAGAAGAUGAAAUUACUUUAUUACAAAAUAAUGAAUUUAAAGAAUCUUAUGAUAAAGCAUGUUGUGAAAAAAAUUGUUUACAAAGUCAAUGUGAUUAUUCAGUAGCUUUAAAAAGGCAUUUAAAUUUUAAAAAUCUUUCUAAAUCUUUUCAAGAUAUAUAUUUAUUAGGUAUUAUUUCAGCUACUAAACGACCUGAAAUAGUUCGAAAUUUAAAAAAAUCUAAGCUUUCAACUGAAUAUAUUUUUGAAGGAAAACCAAUUUGUUUAAAUGCUUUUAAAAUAAUUUAUGGUUUAGGAGAAAAAAGAUGGAAAAAUUUAAGAGAACAUUUUACAAAGAAUGAUAUAAAUUUAAAAGAAAAUUUAAGAACUGGAAAAUUAGGAAAUAGAGCAUUAUCAUUUGAAACUAUAUUGAAUGUUAUUACUUUUAUAGCAAAUUAUGCUAAACAAAAUG